UUACACUUUGAAAAAUUGUGAGAUGGAGUGCGAGGCUCGAAAUAUGCUGGCUUUAUGCAAAUGUGUGUUGUAUUACAUGCCUAAAAACAAAACCACGCGGGUUUGCGGUAAAGCCGACGCGAACUGCUAUUCUAAUAUAAGUUUUAUUAGAAAAGGCCGUCAACAGUCAUGCGAAGAGUGCCUGCCGGCGUGCACAGAGAUCUCAUACUACGAGCGUAUGAGCUCCGCCAGACUGAGCAAGGCGAUGGUCGAGCAGUACGCGAAGCGGCUCAGCGGCAACAAGACGGCUGAAUAUGUCACAAACAACAUGCUUAUAAUCCACUUUUAUUUUGAGGACCGCACUUUUACAAGGUACACCAAAGGCGAAAUAUUCGGUCUGACGGAGUUCUUGUCGAACACUGGAGGGCUACUGGGCCUGUGCAUGGGCUUCAGUAUGAUGAGCCUAGUAGAACUGAUCUACUACGUGACGCUGCGCGCUCUUUGCCAGUCGCGACGGAGACCUAAGCAUCACUUCACACAAUAACUCUGGGUGGAGUGACAUUCGAUUUCGAACCGUAAUACUUAUGUAAUAGAACUGGUUUUGUUCUACGCUUCGCAGC